AUGACAACUGUUUGGCCGCAGAUAUGGGAUACCGCAGGCCAGGAGCGGUUCCAGUCGCUGGGCGUCGCCUUCUAUAGGGGCGCCGACUGUUGCGUAUUGGUCUUUGACGUGACGGCGCCCAACACUUUCAAGUCGUUGGACUCCUGGAGAGACGAGUUUAAAGAAAGUACUCCUCGAAUACCUUUAGGCAAACAUCUCUUUCCGUUGGCAUACCAGUGCAGAGCCAUGUCCUCAAACUUUCUCGUCGACGACAGUAAAUACGAUUUUCUCAAACGACUCGGCAUUAAGCGUAAGAACCUCGGAGUCUAUCACCACGAGUGGAGUGGAAACGGACCGGUCAUUCAAUCGGUAUGUCCGGCCAAUAACCGGGUGAUCGCUGAGGUAUUAACGGGUGAUCUACAAGACUAUGAGACUACUGUCAAAGCGGCGCAAUCGGCGUGGAAAAUAUGGGCCGACAUACCGGCGCCACAGAGGGGCGAAAUAGUGAGACAAAUAGGAAACGGGUUGCGAGAGAGGAAAGCCGAUUUGGGACGACUGGUGUCACUGGAAAUGGGAAAGAUAUUGAGCGAAGGGGAGGGCGAGGUUCAGGAGUACAUCGAUAUCUGCGACUACGCAGUCGGUCUGUCCCGUAUGCUCGACGGAAAGGUGUUGCCGUCGGAAAGGCCGGGACACGUGCUGAUGGAGAACUGGAACCCCUUGGGCUGCGUCGGUAUCAUCACUGCCUUCAACUUCCCGGUGGCCGUCUUCGGCUGGAAUAACGCGUUGGCGUUGGUCUGCGGGGAUACUAUGGUGUGGAAGUCGGCGCCCACGACACCCCUCUGCAGUAUAGCCGUCACGAAGAUCGUGUCCGACAUAUUUGAGGCCAACUCACUGCCCGGUGCCAUAUGUUCGCUGGUGUGCGGCGGCGCCGAUGUGGGCGAGUCGAUGGCCAAAGACGAGAGGCUGCCCCUCGUGUCGUUCACCGGCAGCACAGGCGUCGGCCAUAGGGUAGGUCUGGCCGUUCAGAGUCGGUUCGGCAAAAGUAUACUCGAAUUGGGAGGAAAUAACGCAAUCAUAGUCUGCGAAGACGCCGAUCUCGAUAUGGCUGUGAGAGCGGCCGUCUUUGCCUGCGCCGGAACUGCCGGUCAGAGGUGUACCACAACUCGACGACUCAUUCUUCACGAAAAGGUGUACGACAGAGUGAUCGCUGGCCUGAAGAAGGCGUUCGCGCAGAUCCGAGUGGGCGACCCAUUGGACGCCAACGUACUGUACGGACCCUUACAUACCAAGAGUGCGGUUGAGGCCUAUCUGUCGGUCGUCGCCGAA